AUGAAGGCGACCGAGUCUCCUCGUGGUAUGAGUAGCCCUUGCUCCACAAGUGGGAUAGCUUCUCCAAAUGGAUCCCCUGAUACUAAACUCACGGCUUUUUCGCCGGAGGAUGUCCGAUCCAAAGGCCGCCCUGGGUCCAGUGCCCAUGGUCCAGUAAGCGACGCAGGGCUCCGGAAACUGUAUUCGAUGCAAGUAGAGAUCAGUCAUAGUCUUUGGCCUAGAGUUACUAACCUACUUAGGGCCGCAUCCGAUCCAUUCCUGGUGCCGACAAGUACAUCCAGAGUGCAACUUUCACCGACUGCAGCGGCUUUUACGCCGGUUGGGAUGGCAGAUACUGUGACUAAUGGCAACCUGGCCCAGUCCAUGACCCGUGCCCUCUCCAGUGCUAGCUAUCUGGCUGUUGACUCUAUUGCCGAAGUAAAUGGAACAUGCAGCGGGCUUGUAAACCCCUUUGACCAGGGUUCAUUGAACUACGGGAACAUUGGAAGUGCUCGAGGGUUUAGGAGCCUAUCGUCCGGUCCAGUCCUCGAGAAAUUUGAUUCUGAGCGGCGCAGUCGUGCUCUUGUUAUUGAGAAUGUCCCGACUAACCUUACAUACAUGGCGCUGGCUGGGUUUUUUAACCGGCGUGAAUUUGGUACUCUUAAAGGCCCUGUACUCACGGAGCUUAGCUCCAUGGGGAAGGUAUAUGUUUCUUUCACUGAUAGCCGUGAAGCAAAAAAGGCGAUUGAGAAGGUCCGACUUCUUCGACCAGAAUGGCGCGUAUUCCCUCUUACAGCCAAGGAAUAUGUACAGCAUACAGAGCCGUCCCUUCUGUCCGAUGUUUCUGAUUAUGAAGGCCAAUUGCUUGUGACUGUCUAUUAUGAUUCCCGAAACCCUACCUUGAAUCAGCACACGGUUACCCGCUCAAUCGAAACGAUCGUCACAACUUUUGGUGACAUGAAAGCCUUCACUCCCUUGCCCACUGGCCAAGAGGACAUUAGCGAGUUCCAUCUCGAGUUCUUUAAUACCCGGGAUGCGGAAAAUGUCAUGACUACACUCAACGGAAGCUCGGUCGAGGAGUGUAUUCUUGAGGUUUCGUCUUUCAAGCCAGAUAUUGAAGAUAAGCCACGCCAUCCCCUUCCUAGUCCGUCUCCUGCAAGAGAUGGGUUAUUCCGAUAUGAAACACCGUGCCCCAAGAAUGCCGCUUGGACCCCGAGCCGUCCGAACCGCUCCCCAUUUAUGGAGCUCAGCCCUACCGGGCGCUCGACAGUACCUCCUGGUGAGCACGCUGGCCUCAUGAAUUGGAUGUCUAGGGCAGGUGAAGGAGUCUUGCUUUCUCCCCGUCGUGACAUUAGCCGUUUCCCUGAAUUGCGCGUAAGUAAUCAGAACGCGGUAGACAUCGAACGGAUUCGCCUCGGUCUUGAUGUCCGGACUACGAUAAUGCUCCGUAAUAUUCCGAAUAAAAUCGAUCAGACUAUGCUCAAGGCUAUUGUUGAUGAAACAAGCCGUGGAAAGUACGACUUUAUGUACUUACGUAUUGACUUUGCAAAUAACUGCAACGUCGGGUAUGCCUUCAUAAAUUUUGAGGAUUUUGUAAAUGUGCGAGCUGGGCGCACCUGGAAUUGCUUUAAUAGCGACAAAGUUGCCGAGGUAUCAUACGCCACAAUCCAAGGAAAGGAUUGUCUAGUACAAAAAUUUCGGAACAGCUCCGUCAUGCUCGAGCAUCCGUCCUUUCGUCCAAAGAUUUUUCAUACCGGCAGUGGACAUCUUGCUGGCACUGAGGAUCGCUUCCCAGGACCAGAUAACCCAUCAAAAAUGCGUCGCAGUAUCGAGAAUGCUGAGCAUGUCGGUUUGUUUGCUCCCCGAGUCGGUCAGCAAUAUCGGGAUGAGCAGCGUCGCCGUCGCUCGCAAUUUGACCGCGGAACAACUGCUGCAGAAAGAGAAAUCGUGUAUGUUCGGACGCUCACCCCAAAGCAUUCUUCUGGUGUUGGCAGCGGUCUAAGGAGUGCCCCUUGCACCUACCCUGCCAUGAAAAUGUGGUACGAUCCGACUAUGGACCGUGGUCCUAGGACCUCUUGA